GACAGGGCGCCCUGCCUAAGCUCUGCUCUUGGCAGAGAUCGUGGUUGCAACGCAAUGGCUAUGUCCUUGUGCCACCCACCGUCGGUGCAGCCUGUUACUCACCUGAUCUUUGACAUGGACGGUCUGCUUCUGGAUACUGAACAUCUUUAUACUAUUGUGUACCAAGAAAUCUGCAGUCGCUUUGGGAAAACCUACACCUGGGAUGUAAAAACCUUAGCAAUGGGUAAAAAAGCAUUGGAAGGAGCAGAAAUCAUUCGCAAUGCGCUGGACCUUCCAAUCACCAAAGAAGAGCUGUUACAUGAAAGUGAAAUCAUGCAAGAAAAUUUGUUUCCCACAGCUAUGUUGAUGCCAGGAGUUGAAAAACUAAUCCACCAUCUACACAAACAUAACAUUCCCAUAGCUGUUGCUACUAGUUCAUCUCGAGUGACAUUUGAAAUGAAAACAAGCCGACACAAAGACUUCUUUGCUUUAUUUCAUCACAUUGUUUUGGGAGAUGACCCUGAAGUAAAGUAUGGCAAGCCACAACCUGAUGUGUUUUUAGUUUGUGCAAAGAGAUUUGAUCCUCCUCCAUGUCCAGAAAAGUGUCUUGUGUUUGAAGAUGCUCCAAAUGGAGUGAAGGCAUCACUGAAGGCUGGUAUGCAAGUGAUCAUGAUUCCAGAUGAAAACUUGAACAAAGAUCUUACAAAAGAAGCAACUGUAGUGCUGGGGUCCAUGAGUGAUUUCAAGCCAGAAUUGUUUGGUCUACCACCAUUUAAUUGAACUUUUUUUUUUAAAAAAAAAUUAAAUUUAGUAUUUUUUUUAAAAAAUCAUGGUUUUUUUUCUUUUUCUUUAUAGUAUUGUUUCAUUAUUUACACUUCAGCUUAAUUCAGAAUUAAAAUCAGAAUUAAAAUCACAGAAUUAAAAUGUAUUUGAAGCCUGUUUCUAGAUUAUGCAUGCAUUCAAAAAGAAAUGCUGUUUUUCAUAUUUUUUUUUAAAAAAAAUCAACUAAUAGCUCUCCUAAAUGUUCUCAUUAUUUCUUCCAUCAUUUUUAUUUUCAAAAAAAUUCUACAAAGGAAAUUUUCUCUGGGGGUUUUUUGUUGUUGUUUUUGUUGGUAAUCAUCGGAAAUAGUCAUGCAGAACUAUAAGACAUCCCCUGAUAAUAAAACUAUAGAACUAUAGAACUAUAUUAUAGAACUAUAAUAGAACUAUAAAAUAAGACAUCCCCUGAUAAUAAGCCCAAUCGGGCUUUUCAGCACAUGCGAUAAAAUAAGCCCCCCACCAAAUAAGCCCCCCACCAAGUACUUACACGCAUGUGCAGCUGGUCCUGGCAUUUGCUCUGGUUGCUUCCCACACAUACAACACGAGAUGAGGCGAGGCCAGAGAAGGGGAAAGGACUGGAAGAUGCCCCACACACUCACAUGCCCUUACCGUACCUAUCGGUAAAAGUGGAAGGCCAGUGGCCUUGUGCCUCAUGCCCCACUCCUUACUGGUAACACUGAUGGCUGCCACAAAAAGAGUGGCUGCUACAAAAAGAAUGGCAAGCCAGCAACGCGCCUCAUGCCUUGUGCCCCACUCCUUACCAGUAAUGCUGAUAGCUGCAAAAAGAGCAGCAGGCCAGUGACACACCUCACGCCCCACUCCUUACCUACUACCGCCUCCAGCAAAAAUGAGAGAGAGAAUGGGGGGAGAGAAAGGAAAGAAAAGAAAGAAAGAAAGAAAAAGAAAGGGAGAGAGAGAGGAAAAAGAGAGAGAAACAGAAAUGAGAGGGAGGGAGAGAGAGAGAUCCAUUUCCCACACACAGGGAAACCACAAUUGCAAUCCCUAAACCCCCACACAGGGAAACCACAAUGCCAAAUCCCAACCACCAGGAUUUUGGAUUAAUGGAUUUAAUGAUCUAAAAUGACUUUUAUUUUGACCCCCAGAGAAGGUGAGUUCAAAAAGAAAGAGCUACUCCGUGGAAUUCAAGAAAGGAAUCAUGAAAGAUUCUCAGGACAAGAAUCUGGCAGGUUUCUGCAAAGAAAAGAUGUUGGAUCUACAUAUGGUCCAAAAAUGGAGAGUAGAGUAUGAUAACCUCAGUCAACAGGUGCAGGACGAAAAUGGCAAGAAGCGCAAGUGUGGAUCAGGUUGGCAACCAUUAUUUUCUGAACUUGAAGACACUAUCUCUGAAUGGAUCAUUAACAGGAGAGCAAAGGCUUUAGUUGUACGCAGGGCUGAUAUCCAAGCAUUUGCCCUUGAAAUGGCACCACAAUUACAAAUUUCCAAGGAACAAUUCAAAGCCUCUCAACACUGUCUGGAUAGCUUCCUUCAGUGACAUGAACUGUCUUUGAGGAGAUCCACCUUGCUGUUCAAGCUGGAAGAUGGUGAACUUGUCAAACGGGCACUUGCAUUCAAAUAGUUCAUUGAUGGCAUUGACUUUGCCAAGUACCAGCUAUUGAACAUUAUCGCUAUGGAUGAAACAAUAGUCUUUAUGGGCCAAGAGGCUCAAACCACCUUGACCAGAGGGGUGUCACAUCAAUUUCUAUUCCCUCCAUGGGAUAGGAAAGUGCACGUGUGACGUGCGCAUUUGCUAUUUGGAUGAGUGGAACCAAAAUCACACCGCUAAUAAUAAACAAGGGAAAGAAGGACAAAAUGGAAAGAAUUUCAGGGAUUUACAUCCUUGAAACUGAAACAGCCUAGUGCACCCAAGCAGCUAUCAGGAAGUGGGUGGAGCUAAUGCUCCCACUUGUGCGAGGUGGCCAAAGAGGCAUGGUGGUGUGGGAUUUAGCCAGCACUCACCAUGCCAAGGAUAUGAAAAAAUUUCUUGCUCAACGCAGGAUCAAUCAAAUUAUGAUUCCUGCAGGAAUAACUGGCUACCUGUAGAAAUUGGAUUAAUAAGUCAUUUAAGGACCAUAUCCAUGUGCAAAUAAAUCAAUACAUAGAACACCGAAUGAUAAUUAACCAGAGAGGUAAUUUUGUGAAGCCUGGACUGCCAGAACUUGUCAAUUCGGUGAAGAAUGCCUGGGAAAAAAUAAGUGACAACUGUGUUGCAAAUGCAAUAAGAGCAGGCUACAUGGACAGGAGGUACUUUUUAAAGGAGGUACUCUAUUGCUAAACAUGAGCGAUUGGAACCAAUGGUGUUGAGCAAAAUAUACUUAAAAGAAACACAGGACGGAAUUCAGGUUGUGGACGUUGUAGAAGAAGAUGGUAUGACUACCAUAUUAGAAUAAAUUGUUCAGUUUGAAUAAAUUGUUGAGUUUGAAAAUAUUGUUGAAUUUGAAAAAAAUCAUUGAAUUUUAAUGCAGUAAAUUGUUGAAUUUGAAUAAAUUGUUGUAUUAUAUAUGAGCAUUGUGGUUUCCCUGUGUGUGGAUUCGGGGUUUGCAAUUGUGGUUUCCCUGUGUGUGAGAAAGGGGUCUCUCUUUCUCUCCCUCCCUCCCUCCCUCUCAUUUCUGUUUCUCUUUGUCCUCUCUCUCAUCCUCUCCCUUUCUCUCUUUUCUUUUCAUUUCUUUCUCUCUUCCCAUUCUCUCAUUUGAGUCUCACAGAGACUCAUUUCUGGCAUCUUUUAUCAAAGGGGGGUGGCAGGUGGGACAUGGAGCGAGACAUGGCUCCUCUUGCUGUCUCUUCUCCCCCUCCCCUCGCUGGGUAUGGCAGGGCGUCCUGCCCCUCGCUUAGUCACCUGCCCCCUUUAGGGAUGCAAUUUGGGGGUGGCAGGUGGGGUGGACGAGAAGCGUUGUGUCCAGGGAAAAAUGUUGUAAAAAAAAACUUUAUUGAACUUGCGAGGAGGUUUUUUUUUUACAACGAGUUUCCCUGGACACAACGACAAGGAACACGAUGGAGCUGGAAAGGUAAAAUGUGUGUCCCACUUCUCGCCCGCACCACCUGCCACCCCCAGAUUGCAUCCCUAAAGGGGGCAGGUGGCUAAGCAAGCCCUGCCAUGCCAUGCCCAAUGAGGGGGGGGAAAGAGACGGCAAGGGGAACCAUGUCUCGCUCCACGUGUCUUGCUUCUCCCCUGCCCCACCUGCCAGAAAUGAGUCUUUGUGAAACUCAUUACGCCACCACCACCUUGUGGAGCAGGACUCUGCAAGGCUUGUGCUGUUGCACGCAUGAACAGCAGCAUUGCCAUGAGGUUCGACAUACCAGUACAGCCAUGAGCGGCAGCACUCCAGCUGUGCCGGUAUGAUGAAGCUUGCGGCACUGCUGCAGUUAGUUGUGCUGCAACAGCACAACAAGCCUUGCAGAGUCCUGCUCCAUGAGGCAGUGGCGGGACAUAUCAGCCAGCCGCUCGGCCGGCGCAAUGUGCAGGGAGGGGAGGCAAUGGCGGCGAUAGAACAGCCAUCGCUCGCCACCUCCUGCACCCCCAAAAUUAAAAAAAACUAAUAAUAAGGCCAACCCCUUAUUUCGGGGUUCAGGGAACAUGGUAUUUAAAUCACUUUUGGUGGACUUUAAAACAAGAUUCUGCCACCAGUGAUAAAAUUAUCUUUGAAUUUAUGUGUAAGGUUCUUUGACCAUCUAAAUAGGAAUGCUUUAGGACUGUUUUCAACAUCUUUUACGUAGUUGUCUGUGUUUAGCUAAAUGUGAAACACAUAGUUGAAAAUAUUGCACAAAUAAUAAUUUGUUGUAUAAUCUGAAUUCAUGCAUCAUGGUAAAAGGUGGGCAACUUAUUAUCUCAGAGCCAUCUAUGGCUCCAAAUCUCUUUGUUACAAUCCUCAGAAAGUUUUUUGUGACCAAGUGUCGCCUUGAAUUUCACACAAAUAAUAAUACCACAGUUAUCAAUAAUAAUGGUAUAAUAUUUUACUAUUUAUUUGGUGAGAUAUAUAGGAAAGCUAUAAUGUAUGUUCUAAAAUAGACAUAACAGGGUUAAGGAAAAAUACAUAACCCUCCUGUAGAUUUAUUGACCUAACAUUGCAUAAACCUGGCACAGUUCAAAUGAAACUUUGGAAAAGUUUCCAACUGUGUUCUAAGUCAUAAAUCACAACUUACAUUGAACAUAGUUUUUGUUUACCCAAGCUAAAAACCAAGCAAAUCAUCUCACGGCUUAGUGCCAUGUGUGAACCCAAUCAUGUAUUCCAAAAUAUUUAUUUAACUAAAUCCAUCCAGGAAAUAAAUCACAUCACUGUAGGGAAUGACUUAUUUUUUUUCCUUUAUGCAUUUUUAAGGAUAAUUAUUUUAAUGGAAAAAUUAUAAAUGUAUCUGGGAUGGUUUAAU